CCAUUUCCAACAUGCCGCCUGCCGGGCAGAAGAUGUAACACAGAGACGUUACAAAACACUGGACUUUCACUUACAUAAAGCACUUCUCACGUGUGGUGUGUGUGCAUGAAAAUAACAAUUCAACGAAGAAGAAGGAGCGCUAUCCUAUUGCACUGAAAUGGCACGGGCAAAGAAGGCUCCUUCAGAAGCAUCUGAAUCGAAGCAGUAGUCGAGGAAGCAGAAUGGAGACACGUCUGGGGCUGCAGGACAAACCAUCUCCAAGAAGCUACGGCAGAAGAUGGACGGGAAGACCACAUUGAAAACAGGGCCUGUUUUCCCAACUACCAUGACCAAGUUUUCAGUUGGGAAGAGAAGUGGACCAGGAAGCAUCCUGCACUACAUUUACCAGAGUACACUGGGGCAGAGCCUUCAUUCUCAGAUGAGACAGUGUCUCCAGGAGCCGUUUGUACGUUCCCUGUCCUCCUAUAAGCUCCACCGUACAGCCAGUCCGUUUGACCGGCGGGUCACCUGUCUGGGGUGGCACCCCUCACACCCCACCACGCUGGCGGUCGGCUCCAAGGGAGGAGACGUGGUCCUCUGGGACUACAGCGUGCUCAACAAGACCAGCUUCAUACAAGGGAAAGGAGCCGGGGAUUUUAUUGGCGGGAUGACGUUUAGCCCGACGGACCCGUCCAAGGUCUACCUGGCGUCCGGCGACGGUACACUGACCGAGCAGAGCUUCCAGGGCGGUCUGGCAACGGUUCUGUCCAGAGUCCAGGACUGUGGACACGAUCACCACAAUGUCUUUCUGUGGUACUGCUGUGUAGAUGUGUCGUUGAGCAGACAGAUGCUGGUGACAGGAGACAACAUAGGACGAGUCUUAUUGCUGGGCAUGGAUGGACACCAGGUCUUCAACGAGAAGUUGCACAAGGCUAAAGUGACCCAUGCUGAAUUCAACCCCCGCUGCGAUUGGUUAAUGGCGACAGCGUCCGUUGACCACACGGUGAAGCUAUGGGACCUGAGGAACAUCAAAGACAAGAACAGUUACCUCCACGAGAUGAUUCAUGACAAAGCUGUUAACUCGGCCUACUUUAAUCCAAUGGACUGCUCCAAGCUCCUGACCACGGACCAGUAUGACCAGAUCAGGGUGUACUCCUCUUCUGAUUGGUCAACUCCUCAGCAGAUUAUCCAGCACCCACACAGACAGUUUCAGCACCUCACACCUAUCAAGGCCUCGUGGCACCCUCUGUACGACCUGAUGGUGGUUGGACGGUACCCUGACGAGAGGGUGUGUCCAGGUGCCCUGAGGACCAUCGAUAUCUAUGAUGCCAACACAGGAGAGCUGGCAUGCCAACUACUGGACCCCAACGCCCCUGGCAUCAUAUCUGUCAACAAGUUCAAUCCAAUGGGAGAUGUUUUAGGAUCUGGAAUGGGAGUGAACAUCCUAGUGUGGAACAGAGGUGAGACAUUGGCUGGUAAGCAGCAGAGAGGAGAGCUACAACAGGAAGCAGGAGUCCAGGUUGGCAGAGGUAGAGGCCAGCGGAGGAGAAGAGGUGAGACUCGGAGGAGGGAGGAUGAGGACGACAUUGGGAAGCUGAAGAAGAAGCUGUCUUCCUCCUCGGUGACCAGAGCCAGAACAUCCAGGGACAAACAGCACAACAGCCAGACACAGAAGGGUCCAAAUAAAUAAACGGGGAGAAGGAGAGAGAGGUUUUUUUUGUGAUGUUGGAAGAGUUAUGUAGUUAUGUCUAUGACAUUGUCACCUACAGGUAACUGACAAAAUAAAGGAAACACCAACAUACAGUGUCUUAAUAGGAUGUUGGGCCACCACCAACCACCAGAACAGAUUCAAUGCUCCUCGGUAUAUAUUCUACAAGUGUCUGGAACUCUAUUGGAGGGAUGAGACACCGGUCUUCCAUGAGAAAUUCCAUCGUUUGGUGUUUUGUUGAUGGUGGUGGAAAACAAUGUCUCAGGCGCUUCAGAAUCUCCCAAAAGUGUUAAAUUGGGUUGAGAUCUGGUGACUGAGACACAUCCUCUAUGUUCCUUUGAGAGCCCUCUUUCAGUCACUGAGAUCUGGUGACUAAGACACAUCCUCUGUUACUUUGAGAGCCCUCUUUCAGUCACUGAGAUCUGGUGACUGAGACACAUCCUCUAUGUUCCUUUGAGUGCCCUCUUUCAGUCACUGAGAUCUGGUGACUGAGACACAUCCUCUAUAUUCCUUUGAGAGCCCUCUUUCAGUCACUGAGAUCUGGUGACUAAGACAUACACUCUAUGUUCCUUUGAGAGCCCUCUUUCAGUCACUGAGAUCUGGUGACUAAGACACAUCCUCUAUGUUCCUUUGAGAGCCCUCUUUCAGUCACUGAGAUCUCUUCUUCUAGCCAUAAUGGGCAACUGGGCAUUUUUAUACGUGACCCUAAUAAGCAUGAUGGGAUGUUAAUUUGUUAAUUAACUCAGGAACCACACCUGUGUGGAAACACCUACUUUCAAUAUACUUUGUAUCCCUCAUUUACUCAAGUGUUUCCUUUAAUUUAGUCAGUUACCUGUCUGCAUUUGUCAUCUGUUACCUUUUUCUUGUUCAAAUCAUGUGUUUUUAUUGAAAAUGUUCCAUUCCCAUUGUUAUAAACAGGGACAAUCGUGACUUUGACUCCACACAACAUAACAUCCACAGAUGUUUAAAAUAUGUCUCAACAUUGAUCACUUUUCUACAGUGUUUCAAUGAUAUAUCUUGUGUUUCAGAUGUUUUAUUAUACCUCUGUUUCUGGUGAUAAAUUGUUACUUUUUAUAAUCUUUUUAUACUGUAUUAAAAAAGCGAAUUUUGAUCUUGAA